GAGAGAGGAGAGAGAGAGAGAGAGAGCUAAUGCAGAAACCCUAGGUAGAAGGGUGGUGGUGGUGGUAUCAGUUUGGUUGGAGAAUUAAUUCAGAAGGGAAAUUAAAGAAAUAGAAGAAAUGGGAAGAGCACCGUGCUGUGACAAAGCCAACGUGAAGAAGGGACCAUGGUCUCCUGAAGAAGAUGCAAAACUCAAAGCUUAUAUUGAGAAGUAUGGAACUGGUGGCAAUUGGAUUGCUCUUCCUCAGAAGAUUGGGCUUAAGAGAUGUGGGAAAAGUUGCAGGCUGAGAUGGCUGAAUUAUCUGAGGCCUAAUAUCAAGCAUGGUGGAUUUACUGAGGAAGAAGAUAACAUUAUUUGCAACCUCUAUAUCAGUAUAGGCAGCAGGUGGUCUAUAAUCGCGGCCCAGCUGCCUGGAAGAACAGAUAAUGACAUCAAGAACUACUGGAACACGAGGCUGAAGAAAAAACUGCUCGGCAGGCGCAAACAAUCCAACAUGAAUCGGGCCUCGAUUCCAGGCCUUGAACCCAAGGAUGCAAGCGGAGACGUCGACGAUUUGCAGAACCUGAGCAAUUCAGCUCUGGAGAGGCUCCAGCUCCACAUGCAGCUUCAGACCCUUCAAAAUCCUCUGUCAGUUUACACUAAUCCAGCACUUUGGCCUAAACUGAACCCCUUGCAACAGAAGAUGAUCCAAACCCUUCAUUGUCUGAAUGAAAAUCAAAGCAUCCUGAUGCACCAAAACCCCGUCAGCCCUCAACCUGUUUCAAAAACGGACGAGGUUGCAGACUCUAUCAAUUGUCUCUCAUCGUCGGGGACCUCGUUUCCAUUGAACACUGAAACCCACGUUCCAGAUCAAUCAAACAUCAUGGGACAAAACACGGGGUUAAUGCAGCCGGCGGGAUCAGGUUUUACUCAAGCUGAACUUGACGAUUUGCUGACUGAUCACAGGCCUUCCAGUUUCAUCCAGACAGGGAACCAGGUUGCUGAAUUUGAUUGCUUCAAGGGGAUGGAUGGAACAAAGGACAAUCUUGGAUGGUGGGCUGAUGAAUUCGGUGUGAAUAAUUCGACAUCGUCAAGAUCGUGGGAUUCGGCAACUAUGCUUCCCCAAUCUGAUGAAAUGUAUCAAGAUUAUGGUAUAGGAUACAGUAUGCAGUGAGAAAAGAGGAAAUAUAGGUGUGAGGAUCAGUAGGAGUUCAAUUUGUUUUGCUUCAUAAAAAAGGGAGAAUUGAUGCAGAAGAGAUUGCUGGUGUUGUAAAUUGUGUGAAUAAUGUUAUGUCAUGAUCUUGCCAAUGCUUUUAC